ACAAAAACGUACAAUUUUGUUAAAAUUGAAUUUUCUAGUUUUAGUUUAAAUUCCUUGAAGUUGUUAUAAAGAUGGAAAAUAUUGAAAAAUUAAGUGGAUACAAUGAAUUUAGAAAUUAUGCUGAUAACAUUAAAUCUGGUAAUGUAAAUUUUUAUUUUACUGGUUCGAAAAACGAAUCUGGAGUUAGUUGGUGUCCUGAUUGUGUAGAAGCUCUACCACAUGUUGAAGAGGCAUUUGAAAAAUAUCAAAAUAAUUGCACUUUGAUAAGUGUAGACGUUGGCGAUCGGGCAUACUGGAAAGAUAUGUCAAAUCCAUUUAGAUUAGAUAAGGACAUUAAAUUAAUGGUAAUUCCAACGUUAAUUCGAUGGAAAAAACCACAACGCUUAGAAGGUGAUCAGUGUGCAAAAAAAGAUUUGUUGCAAAUGUUUUUUUCGGAUGAAGAAGACUAAAAAUAAAGUAACUCACUUUUUUAUAAUAUAAAUAAAUUAGAAACUUUA